AUGUUCCGACAAAUACUUGUGGUACAGGAACAACGAAAGUUUCAACAAAUUUUGUGGAGAAAUAGUGGCUCUGAACAGAUAUCAAUUUAUAAGCUCUCAACGGUUACUUAUGGUACCACACCCGCUCCUUUUCUUUCGAUUAGGGUUUUACAACAACUAGCGUUGGACGAAAAGGAAAAAUAUCCGAUGGCAUGUAAUGUGCUCAAUUCAGAUACUUAUGUCGAUGACGUAAUUUCUGGAGCUGAUAGUCUAUCUGAAGCUUACCAUUUGCAUACUCAAUUAUGUAGUUUACUUAAUGAAGAUAAGUUUAAAUUACGUAAAUGGACAACAAACUCGAAGGAAUUGCUAGAAUUGAUUCCUGUAGACUACAGAGAAAAAUCUGAUAUAUUUGAACUAAAUCAACAUAAUACCGUAAAGGCUCUUGGACUCGAGUGGAACACGAUAGACCACUGCUUUUCAUUUAAGAUCAAUAUUGAAGAUACAUCAGUAGUUACCAAAAGAAGUUUACUCUCAGACUCAACAAAACUUUAUGACCCUUUAGGCUGGCUUUCCCCAACUACAAUUCUUGCUAAAAUUGAAUUUCAAAAUUUGUGGUUGCUUGGCAUUGAAUGGAAUGAUCGCUUACCUGACGCUAUGCAAAAAAGAUGGUUAACAUACCGCGAAAAUCUAAAGUUUCUUGAAAGAAUUAAAAUUCCUCGUUGGAUCGGAACGUUUAAAUGUGGUUCAAUUGAAAUUCAUGGUUUUUCCGAUUCAUCUAAGUUGGCUUACGCGGCUGCUGUCUACGCUAAGACUAUUUCAGAUUUGGGUACAAAAGUGUAUUUAAUACAAGCGAAAACUAAAGUAGGUCCUAUAAAGCGGUUAACUAUACCUCGAAUGGAAUUAUGUGCUGCUACUUUAUUGGCUAAAUUAGUUGACAGAAUAACUUCUUCACUUGAUCAAGAUAUUUCAAAUGUUUAUUAUUGGACUGAUAGUACAACUGUACUUUCGUGGAUACGUGGUCAGUUAUCUAAGUGGCCCGUAUAUGUUGGAAACAGAGUGGCAGAAAUCCAACGCAGAUGUCAUACUUCUCAAUGGCGAUACAUAUCUACACGUGAAAAUCCUGCUGACUGCGCUUCCCGUGGUAUAUCUUCGAAUGAAUUGGUUGAACAUGAACUAUGGUGGCAUGGCCCUAAAUGGCUAUCGGAACCUGCAGAAAAUUGGCCAAAACAACCGAAACUAAAUCUAAAUGAAAUGGAUGAAAUUUCUACUGAACCAACUUUAAAUAUGCACUCGGUUGUAGCUGAAAUAAAACAAUAUCCAGAAAUAUUAACAAGAUUUUCUUCAUUUUGCAAAUUGAUACGUGUUACUGCAUACAUAUUUCGUUUUAAACACAAUACUCAAAACUAUAAACAUUCACAAAUAAAAGGUAACGGUAAGAUGACAGGGUUUCUUUCAACCGAAGAACUAAAAUUUGCUCGUUUAAGGCUUGUUAAACUUUCACAAGAGGUGGAUUUUUUGCAAGAGAUUUCUGAACUUCAAAAGUGA